UGUUUAACUGGUUCAGCGUCGGAAAAUGGAAGAAGAUAUCAGUUACUACGUUUAUAUUACGCUUACACUCGUGCCAGUUUAUUUAGCGUUCAAGCUCAUACAAUGGAUGGGCUGGGAACUGUUUGUCAAUAACUAAACGUUACCCGGGACAGUGCCAAAACAGAAACCAAAGCCGAAAGACAGUGCAUCGAAAUCGCCCCAAGAAGAGGUGCAUGUGAUUGUAAAACUAUUCUAAAAAAUUCCACACAAUUUAGUUGUUAAUAUCCGCUUAACGCCGUAGAUGACGGAAAAUGUGAUCUCAGCAAUUGACAACGGUCUCGG